UUUUCAAGACGGCUACAGAGCCUCGAGAGGCGGUGUGUUUUGUUAGAACUGCUGCCUACUGGGGAGGAAGGCUCAGAACGAAGCCUGCCUCUCAUUUUCUUUUCGUUUGGUCCGCUGCGGCGCGUGGCAGCCGUUUUUGGAUUCGUCUGUUAUUGAUUUUUGCUGAAUUUCGAAGCUGCCAUGGCUAACACUGGCAAAGGGACUAAAGUGCAGGAAGCGUUGCGCUCUGCCACUGUGCAAUCUCGCGUCAAGGAGGUCACCAGCAUCUUCAACAGCCUAUCACUUGAGGAUUUACAUUUCUAUUUCCCGCAUCUGCUUUCCAACAUCUUCGGCUUCGACGGCAGUGAUGGCUGGUACCUGAAGACGCUCAACCGAGCUCAGCAUCCGAAUGAUUUCGAUGCCGUUCUUGCCUUUCUACAGCCCAGCACUGGUGGCGUGUUGUUCUCCUUGAUUGCUAAGCUGCAGGCCAGCUCUGCCAUGCAUUACGAGUUUCCUAUACACCUGUUGCCGAGUUCAUCACAAGUGGCCAUUCAUAAUGGUGAUGUACCACGUCUCUACGCUGGCAGAGUGACAGCAACUCCGGCCAUUGCGUUGUCUGCACUGGAAUACUAUCUAUACCACUUUGUCUACUACAUCCUACACUGGGCAAAGAAGGGACCUGGCUGGUCAAACAUGCCGGAGAGUCUGUACGUUGAGUUGUUUGAUCGCUAUCUACUGCAUUGGCUACCCGUCUCUGGACCGAUUCUCUCUGCACCACAACACAGCUCAUCCACUGGCGGUAGCACCUCUGCUGCCAGUGCCUACUUCGGUGGGAUAUCGAGCAUGGUGAUGUCUCCCCUCUCAUCGCCGUCGUCUUCACAUCGGACAAUGUUCUCUGACAGUCGUGCCACCGGUGCCAGCCCACCGUCCCAUGUCCAGUUUGCCGGCGGCAGUACUGCGAGACAGACGUCGUACGACGGGUCACACUCGCUACCCACGGUGCCUAUGGCCGGUGUUGCACUAUCCGCCACAGCCGUGACCAAGACGGGAUCUGCGGAUCCUGCCUAUCGACCCCUCGGCUUGUUGAUGUCCGCCUCAGCUUCCACCAGCAGCACACAGCUAGCAAGCGGCAAUGCCUCCUCGCCACAGUCUACAUCAUCUUCAGCUACAGCACAGCAGUCCAUGUUAACAUCAUCAGCAUCGUCAUCGGCAUCGUCCGUAGCAUCACCAUUCGCCCAGCGCACUGGUGUAGCUCAGCGCCAGGCUGACUUUGCUCAGCAUAGCCAGGUCAGCAACACACUCUGGCAGAGUGAGGUCUUUGUGCAGAUCGUGGUUGAGUUUUGGCUGAGCAGGCAGGACAGUGGCACACACGACACGUCGAUGCAGCCAGGAUUCAGACCAAAAGCGUGGAUGGCGACGGACGAUCAUCUUCGUCUUGUGCGCAUGUUUGUCAAGCACUGCCACAUGUUCACCAAUCACGCCGGAGCACCCAAGCCCUCCCUGACCUCGGUUGCCACGGCAAAGGUGUCGCGUCUCCUUGGCAAUGCCCCGUCCUCGCACGAUCAGGUUCUCAUGACGAUGACUAAUGAGCUCCGGCGGAUACUGAUAGUGCAGUUUGUACAGCGACCGCUCUACUCAUUUCUACGUCAUCAUUUCCUGCACUGGCCACUGAAUUCUGGAUUCCGUGUGGUGUUGGAGACGUGGCUAAGCUACAUUCAACCGUGGCGUUAUGUUGAUAGUACACAGAACGCCAAUGAUGAGAGCAAGUCCUAUGAUCAGGCAGUCUGGCGUCCGUAUGUGUGCACGCACGUGCUCUUCUACACCCGCCUCUUUCUGGACCUCGUGCCCAGACUGAUGCGGCUGGAUCUCUCUCAGAUGAAUAACCUCACGCUGCUUGGGAGAGUCGCAAAGAUUUACGCCUUCCCGUCGCUGAUUGACGACGUAGCAGAAGCCGAAGCAUCGUAUAUGUCACAGCUACCUGUGUCGCCCAAUACCACCAGCCCUGGCAGUCCAACUGCACUCUUCCGCUCACCCACCACCGGUGGUAUGAUGAUGUCAUCAGCAGCAGGGUCGACGUCACCUCAGUCGGCCGAUGCCUUGCAUAACUUCUCGUCCGGCACCCAGUUUCCAGAGCUGGGCAUAGACAGCAGUGACAGCUCCGCAGCAGCGGCUCUGGAUAUGCUGGCCGUGACAAGCAAGACGUACGUACCGCUGUGUCGCAGUCAAAGCCGCCAGGUGAUCAUGCACCUCCUCUCCCUGCUCACCACCAUCUACCAGAGAAACAUACAACCCACUGCUGCUGCAGCUGGUGACGUCAUGAUGACGCAAUCUUCAGAUGGUAUGAUGUCAUCGUCUGAUCGCCCUGCGGCCCCGGUGAAAUCCAUGUGGCAGCGUGUUGAAGGGUUUCUCAUCGGCGACGACGGGCAGGGCCUGCAGGUGAACGCUGGGUCGGCGGCACGUACGUCGAGUACCAGUGCUGAUCCCCCGUCUCCUGGACCUGGUGGUGUUGUGGCUGCUGGUGAUCGGAACCUGGCCAGUAUGCUGAAACAGACCAUUACGAACUUGGCCACCAUCUUCAAGAUCAUCCUUCCGGACUUGGACACAUGCGACGUCGGUAUUGGCCUUCGCACGACGUCGUCGUUGUCCAGUGGUGGUGGUGGUGGUGGCGGUGGUGUUGCAGCUCACGGAUUCUCCACCAUGCAGCACCUCAGCAGCACUCCAGCUGCUGCUCGCCACACGGCCGCGGCCAGUGGUGGUCGUAUGCUGUGCACGCCGCAGCCUCCUGUGCAGCAGUCAGGCGGUACCUGCUUUCCGUUCCUCGCCGAGCAGCAGUCGGCCGUGUAUGCCGACAACACUGGCGACCAUCGCUCCAGCGGGCCUGCUCUGUCCGAACAGACACGAUUACAGCUGCAGCACGGAGAACGUUUGAUGCAUCAUCCAGCAGCUAUCUUGCCUAGCGCUGACCCAGACCGGGAGCUAGUCAAAUCCUAUGAGAGUGAAUUUCUUGUGCGCAAACUCCACACCUUGACCAAAUACCUGAAUAGAACGUAUGUACCAAUGCUGCAGACGACUGCCGACAGCAACAGCAUUGCCGGCAGUGUGGUGCGUGCCGUGUGUUGCGUACCGCGCUCUCCCACGUCAUCAUCAUCACAGACCACAGCAGCAACAUCUUCUACUAGCAGUACUAACACUGCAGCUACCACUGUUGGUGAUAGUGAUAGUGGAAGAGGUGGUGAUACUACGAUAGGUAUACUGCGGCAACAAGCCGAGACCUCCUCGCCACACGAUGAGACCCGUGGCGGUUUGAACACGAGAGCAGCAGCCGCAGCAGCAGCAGCAGUACCAGCGACGCCUCUCCAGCCCGUCAAGCCACUGCUGUUCGGCUCGCCUGUCGGUGAAGACACGUCCACUACUACUACUAGUGAUGAGCGCCCCCCGCAUCUCCACCACCGCCAUCACGUAACUCCACCACCGCCCGGUGUACUGCGCCGACGCAAGAACAACGCAACGUCGUCGUCUGUCCACCACGGCGCAGCAGGUGACAACAGCCCGUCAUCGUCGAGGUCACAGAGCCGACCGUCUGCGUCUGUGCCUCGGUGUGCUGCUGCUUCCGUCGUCACGGUGCGUCCCGUCAGCCUGCGCUGGAUGGCCUCGCAUCGCGUCCUGCUUGCCCUCCUGCUCACCGCCGCCCUGCUCUAUCUGAUGACGUCAUCGGCGAUGUCAUUCGGCGGCGGCGUGCUGCUGGCAUGUGUUGUGCUGCUCAUGCUCUCGCACGUGCCCGUCGCGAGGUUUCCGAACCAGCAAGCGAAGCAGUGGAACGGCAUGCAGCAGCAGCAGCGUUCUUAUGCUCACUCAUAGAGGUGACGCAGUUCUACCGCCCUACCCUUCCGCACGUUGAGAGAACUGGCCAUUUUGCUGAAAGAGCAUUAUUAUCAUUUAACCAGGAGUAGUAAAAAUACCACUCCCUGAUUAUAACAUUUUUGUUGGGGGGGGGGGGGAUGCUCUCUGUUUAGCUUUUUAGUUUAUGUUUGAAAAGUGACUCUAUUCGUGCCUGCGUGUGUGCACGUGUGUGUGUGUGUGUGUGUGUGUGUGUGUGUGUACGUGUGUGUGUGUGCCAGUGUUAUUUCACGUUGAGUCCAUUACUCUCUGCUGUGCUCCGUGUCCGUUCCCUCUUUUUUCAUACUUUUUUUUGUACGGAUCUUCAUGCUUAUCUAGUUGUUCUCUAGCUUGUAGCUUUGUAUCACUACAUGUAUGUGUGUUUGUGAGGAGACUGGUACCGUGUCGUGUUUGAUUUGGA